GGCGCAAGGCGGCCCCACGUGUCAGUGUGAUGGGCACCACCCGGCGAUCCGAGGCGCCUCGCCUCGCCAUCGCGACAAAGCCCAUCACGCCCCCCUCCGCCUACUCUCCUCCUCGCCCAUCCCUUCCGCGCCGCCGAUCGCCGGAGCCCCGCGCCCGCGUCGCCGUCUGCGCCCGCACGCCCUGUAGAAUCCUGGAUGGCUGCCACGAGGGGCAUUAACCAGCUUCUGAGGAGAACUCUCCACAACCAGUCCUCUGGUUCAUCGCUGAUUUCUUCAUUCCGGGGAAAGCACGAAGAGUCCUCUGCUGGACUGAGAGCAUUGGCUCUUCUUGGAGUUGGUGUCUCCGGUCUUUUGAGCUUCGCUACAAUAGCAUCUGCAGAUGAAGUUGAGCAUGGCUUGGCAGCCGCAGAUUAUCCCUGGCCGCAUGCUGGCAUCAUGAGCUCUUAUGAUCAUGCAUCAAUUCGGCGUGGACAUCAAGUUUACACGCAAGUUUGUGCCUCUUGUCAUUCCAUGUCGUUGAUUUCAUACCGUGAUUUGGUCGGGGUGGCCUAUACUGAAGAGGAAACAAAGGCGAUGGCUGCUGAGAUUGAGGUAGUUGAUGGUCCUAAUGAUGAGGGUGAAAUGUUCACCCGUCCUGGUAAGCUGAGUGACCGCUUCCCACAGCCUUAUGCAAACGAGCAAGCAGCCCGAUUUGCAAAUGGUGGUGCAUACCCCCCGGAUCUGAGUCUUAUCACAAAGGCAAGGCACAAUGGUCAGAACUACGUUUUUGCUCUUCUUACCGGUUAUCAUGAUCCACCUGCUGGCAUUCAGAUUCGUGAGGGUCUACAUUACAAUCCCUACUUCCCUGGUGGUGCCAUAGCCAUGCCCAAGAUGCUUAAUGAUGGAGCUGUUGAGUAUGAGGAUGGUACUCCUGCAACUGAAGCCCAGAUGGGUAAGGACGUUGUAUCAUUCCUUUCGUGGGCAGCUGAGCCUGAAAUGGAAGAGAGAAAGCUGAUGGGAGUCAAAUGGAUCUUCCUACUGUCACUAGCUCUUCUCCAAGCUGCCUACUACCGGCGCAUGAGGUGGUCGGUCUUGAAGUCCCGCAAGCUGGUCCUGGAUGUUGUCAACUGAGGACCACCACUUCUCUUUAUUUAAAUGUCGAGUCUCUUGAGCGGGAGCAUUUAAAAUAAUGAAUUUGUGAUGUACAAUUUUGCCACUGGGGCUGGGUUCCAUGCCUAGAAUUUAUUUUGUUUUCUUUACUCUGCUUCAAAAGCAGUUCUCCAAGGGAGCACUUCUUUCACGUUUUUUGGUCUGUCAAUGUCUCAAUGUUACCAGCAAGCUUCUAACAUAACAGUUGAUGGAGUUCAUAAAUUCUUAUGCUUUGAACAUUGAAAUGUUUGUUUAGUA